AAGAACAGUGUGAUUGCAGUCAAGGUUUAAUAUUAUUUCAUCAGUAUAUGCAGUUCCGCUACACCUUAUUCCUAAAAAAAAGUCCUGAAAGUUCCGCAUUUCACGUUUGCUGGAUGCAUUCCAUGCUUCUUCUCUUUUUCGCUGUUUAAUCACUAGACAGAUUUGAGCUUCUUAAUGUGGGGUGUUCUGGCUGACGCAGUACCGCCGCUUGACAUGUGGGCGCCCCUCCAUCUUCAGUGCCGACAAGAGCUCCGCUCUUUCCGCAUCACGCAGUCGUCUGCAGCGGCCUGACCUCCGUGUACCUACUGCUUCCUCCUUUUCAGUUUUCAUGGCGAUGAGGAGAGAGGGAAGGCGGCAUACACACUCACAUUGUCCCGUUACAGCCAAGAGACGCUUCGUCGAUUAAAUAACGCGCAGCACAGGCCCGCUCUGGCUUGCGGCGGUCCGGACCAUAUGUAAGACCUGAUUUGCUGUGACGGCAUGGAAAGGAAUCCUUGACUGGAAACGACAGACAGGCAGUGAGGAACAGACCGAUUGACCGACAGCGUUGUUUUCCUGGUUUUGUGGAUUGAGCGGUUGUUUUUCCUCCUGUCCUGAGUGAGGCGCUGUGUAGAGAUCUGUACGGCACUGCCCUGGCCUGGGUGAAAACUGCCCGUCGAUGGCUCUGAUGGACAAGCUCAAAGUCAAGCGGCAGAGACUGGACCGCAUCUGCGAAGGCAUCCGCCCCCCCAUCCUGAACGGCCCUAUGCACCCGCGCCCCCUGGUGGCGCUCCUGGACGGGCGGGACUGCACCGUGGAGAUGCCCAUCCUGAAGGACGUGGCCACAGUGGCUUUCUGCGACGCCCAGUCCACCCAGGAGAUCCACGAGAAGGUGCUGAACGAGGCUGUGGGGGCGCUCCUAUACCACACCAUCACACUGUCCCGGGACGACCUGGACAAAUUCAAAGGCCUCCGAAUCAUCGUCAGGAUCGGCAGCGGGUUCGACAACGUGGACAUCAAGGCAGCGGCCGAACUGGGCAUCGCGGUGUGCAACGUCCCGGCGUGCUCUGUGGAGGAGACGGCGGACACGGCGCUGUGCCUCAUCCUGAACCUGUACCGCCGGGUCACCUGGAUGCACCAGGCCCUGCGCGAGGGCACGCGCGCCGGCAGCGUGGAGCAGAUCCGCGAGGUCGCCGGGGGCGCCGCCCGCAUCCGCGGGGAGACACUCGGCAUCAUCGGGCUCGGACGAGUGGGCCAGGCGGUGGCGCUGCGGGCCAAGGCCUUCGGCUUCGGCGUGAUCUUCUACGACCCGUACCUGCCGGACGGGGUGGAGCGGUCCCUGGGGCUGCAGCGCAUGUCCACUCUGCAGGACCUGCUGAUCCACUCGGACUGCGUGUCCCUGCACUGCAGCCUGAACGAGCACAACCACCACCUCAUCAACGACUUCACCAUCAAACAGAUGCGGCAGGGCGCGUUCCUGGUGAACACGGCGCGGGGGGGGCUGGUGGAUGAGAAGGCUCUGGCCCAGGCCCUGAAGGAGGGCCGCAUACGGGGAGCCGCCCUGGACGUGCACGAGACCGAGCCUUUCAGCUUCUCGCAGGGGGCGCUGAAGGACGCCCCGAAUCUGAUCUGUACCCCUCACACGUCCUGGUACAGCGAGCAGGCGUCCAUCGAGGCCCGCGAAGAGGCCGCCAGGGAGGUGCGCCGUGCCAUCACAGGCCGCAUCCCGGACAAUCUGAAGAACUGCGUGAAUAAGGAGUACCUGAUGGCUGCGUCGCAGUGGUCCAGCGUGGACCCCUCCGCCCUCCACGCGGAGCUCAACGGGGGCGCGUACGGCAGGUUUCCCGCGGGUCUGAUUGGGGUCCCGGCUGCUGCACUCAGCGCAGCGGGGGCCGGUGUGGAGGGCAUCGUUUCGGCGUCUCUGCCCCUGGCCCACGGCAUCGCCCCCGUGUCCCACCCCCCCCACGCCCCCUCCCCGGGGCAGCCCUCGAAGGCCGAGGCCGACAGAGACGUCCCAGCCGACCAAUAGCGGCCCAGCACAUUCCGUCGCCCCCGGAAACGCCCUCCACCUUUCAGACGAGCAGAUACUGGCACUGGCGCCCAGAUCCCCCCCAAAAACAAACUGGUCUGACUCCCCCGCCCCCCCUUGCAGUAACCCCCGGGACACAAGCAACCUGAGUGACCUGUCUGUGAUCACUCCUCCCUCUCUCUCUCCCUCCCUCCCUCCCUCUCUCUCUCUCUCUCUCUGCAGUGAGCAAUAACUCAUAAGGAUUCAGCUGUACAUUUUUAAUCUCUUGCCGUUUGUUCCAGACUGUAUUUUUUUAUGCUGGUGUAACUCUCAUUCAGGACGCCUCCGGGCUCAUGCAGAGUUUUUAGUUUUCAAAAACAAAUACGGAGGAUAUUAUCUUUUUUUCUUCUUACCAGUUCGCUUUUUUCAGACUUUUGAAGUAGAGUUCCGGAAGUGAGUGUGACA